UUUGAGGGACACUAGACUAGAGCAAGAAGAACAUGUAUGCAUUUGUAUGCAGUUUCUUUAUUAUUGAAGUACUACUACUACAGUACAUUUGUGCCACCUGUUAUGCCCAUUCACUUAUCCGAGACCUGUUGCAUGCGAACUAUUAGCGGGGAUGUCACUGAUUAGAAUGUAAACCGGGGUGUUAUUUCAUGAAUAGGAAGAAGAUAUGUGUACACGCGUUAAGGCCCUGUGCUCUUCAACUAGCACGGAUUUAUUUUUGGCAUCUGACAUUAGAAUUCGCCCUUUUCAUAUGCUAGCACAGUCCACCAUGAAGACUUACCAACUGUGUUGAUAUCGUUAGUGAGCCAGUUGCUCGUUUGUUCCUUAUUUUUACGAAGUGUUUGAAUUAUGAUGGAUUUAACUGCAUUGUAAGGACUAAACACGCAUUGAUUGAUACGCUUGUUAUCAGCAGCAGCAGUACAAUAGUCUAGUUUCCUUGGAUAACCAGUCACGCCAACAUGACCAAAGAGGACGAGAUCCCGGAUUGGGUGGGAGCUCAGGAGUUCUAUGGCAAAUAUGACCCCAAGGAGAUCCUGGGAAGGGGGGUGAGUAGCGUGGUGCGACGUUGUAUUCAUAAACAAACCCAACAGGACUAUGCGGUCAAAAUCAUUGACGUCACUCCUUCUGACAAGAUCUCGGCUGCCGAGAUCGAGGAGAUCAAAGAGGCCACAGUGAAGGAGAUUGAUAUUCUCAAGAAAGUCUAUGGAAUGGACAACAUCAUCCAGCUGAAGGACUGCUAUGAGUCAAAAGCCUUCUUCUUCCUGGUGUUUGACCUGAUGAAGAGAGGAGAGCUGUUUGACUACCUCACAGAAAAAGUAACUCUGAGUGAGAAGGAGACCAGGAAGAUCAUGCGUGCCCUGCUAGAGGUGGUUAAAUUCCUCCACGACCAGAACAUCAUCCACAGAGACCUCAAGCCUGAGAAUAUCCUGCUGGAUGACAACAUGGACAUCAAGCUCACUGACUUUGGCUUCUCCCUGCAGAUUGAGCCCGGACAGACACUCAACGAGGUGUGUGGGACCCCUGGCUAUCUGGCUCCUGAGAUCAUUGAGUGCUCCAUGGACCCCAACCACAAGGGAUACGGGACUGCAGUUGACAUAUGGAGCUCAGGGGUGAUCUUGUACACUCUAUUGGCUGGAUCCCCUCCCUUCUGGCAUAGAAAACAGAUGAUGAUGCUUCGUAUGAUCCUAGCUGGGAACUACGACUUAUCUUCUCCUGAAUGGGACGACCGGUCUGACACUAUCAAAGACCUAAUCUCCAGGAUGUUGAUGGUAAACCCAGAUCAGCGUUAUACAGCCCAAGACUGCCUGAACCACCCCUUCUUCCAGCAGUAUGUAGUGGCUGAAGUAAGACACUUCACCCCCAAGAGGAGGUUCAAGGUCGUCUGCAUGACAGUGCUGGCCGUGAUGCGCAUCUACUGUAAUUACCGCCGCGCCAAGCCUAUCACCAAGGAGGUAAUCAAGAGUGACCCGUACGCCAUCAAGCCCAUCCGCAAGCUAAUCGACGCCUGUGCCUUCAAGAUCUAUGGCCACUGGGUCAAGAAGGGCCAGACCCAGAACAGAGCCGCCCUGUUCGAGAACACUCCCAAGGCCAUCUUGCUGUCCAUGGCUGCAGAGGCCGAGGACUCCUCCAUGCACUCCUGGUAAUGAUGCUGUUUCUCAGUCCAGGUCCUAAGAAGAGGUGGGACUCUACAUUAGCUUGCCAUCGGUCUCAAUUCUCUAUCCUUUUAAAAUCCAAUGGUGUUAAAUGUGUACAGCUGCACACAUCUGGAGACAGAAUUGGGCUGGUAUGUCAUUAGGCUCAGCUCAGGAUUUGACUCCAUCUGUCUUAAAUUGGGCUGAUUAAAGCAUUGGCGUGACGCAAUAAAAAAAACAUUGGGUUGGACACUUUAGAGAUGUAGUAUGAGAUAUAGCUUGUUCUUUGUAUCAAAAAGGAGGGUUGGUGAAAAUACAAUCUUAUUGGAUUGCAGCUAUUUGUCGCUUGACUGGUCUUUUAAACCAGUGGUUCUCAAACCUCUCCUCAGGGACCCCCAGCCGUUCCAUGUAUUUGAUCUAUUCCACACCUGAUUCAACUCGUCACUAAUCAGGCCUUUGAAUAGGUGAGCUAGUUUAGCGAUACAACAAAAUUGUGAUACGUCUGGGGGUCCCAGAGGUUUAAGAACCACUGUUUUAAAUUGUGGAUUGAUCAAGACUUGGGAAAUAUCCUAGAACUAUACCCUCCUAUGCACCUGCACUGAGGAAUAUUGGUCUGUGUUUAGUACAUAAUGGAACAAAUAGCUAGACAUCCACAGUGAAAUGUUUCAUCACUUUUCUAUGGCUUAUACAGUAUUGCAGGAGUCAGAAAAUUCAGAGAUGGAAAUAGUGCACAUCCAGGCUCUAUUCUUUUCCAACAUGAGUAUGGUGUCUAGUAUAUAGAUGUAUUCUGAAAUGUUGCUCCCUUCUGAAAUAUUCCUAGAUAGUGUUAAAGGUAAUUUCAACCAUAUGAGCCUCAAAUUCCAUAUGCAUAGAGUUAUGUAAAAGACAAUUGCUCUGCAUGCAAAGCUUCUUAGUGCUAGUGAUUCUCCCUUCGCUCAGUAUGUGCAAUGAGUCCGGCAUGUACAUUUUUAUUUUGACAUACUUUGGGUUAUACUGUACUUGGUCAUGUACUGUAAACUGUUUAAGGGAGCAUGAGAACACUAAUUGUAUGCUAACAUUUUAUUUAUUAAAUCUCAACCUGAUUAUUUGUGA